UUCUUUCUCUAAAGCUUUCUCCCACUACCGCACUUCCGAAAAUGGCUUCCACCCCAUUUUUCCCUUUUCAUUUCUUCUCUCUUUGAAGUUUUUCGUGGUUCCCAUUGCACUUUUUACUUACUUCACCCACCUUCGAAAAAUGGGUUCCAUUGUAAUGAAGCCAGAUGACAUUGCCACCUUUGUCAGCGGCAGAGCUGGGCGGAGCUUCAACAAUUCUACCAACAUCUGUACAUUUGCUCGUCGGAUUCGCUUUGCUGGUGUUUUCAUGGGAGAAAACCCUUUAGUGUUCUCAAUUUCUCUUCUUUUGUUGCAGGUUGGAAUCUAUGUUGGAACUAUUCUCUUAUUUUAUCGCCUCUUCAAGCCCCCCAGCCAACCCCUCAUUGUCUCACAAAUUUUGGGUGAUUUAAUUCUAGGUUCUUCUGUUAUGGUUCACUUGGAGGCAUUUAGAUAGACGACUUUUCCCCUCAGGGGAUUCGUUUCUCCAGAUUUGAUUUCUUCAAUUGGGAAUACUUUUUACUUAUUUCUUGUUGGAUUUCAAACGGAUAUCUCAUUAAUAAAGAAGAUUAACAAGACAGUAUUUGGUAUUGGGUCUUGUUCUGUUAUUUUACCUAUGAUUCUCACUUUUAUUUACUCUAUUGUCUUUCGUGCCGAUGCUAUCAUAUUGUUGUUGUUGAGGCUAAUACCCUAAAUUUCGUAGGGUUUUAUAGUAUA